CUGCUAUUGUCACAUCUCAGUCCUUGUUUGGACAAGUCCUGGUGCUGUUUUGGGAUAGAUCCUGUCUGGAGCAAAGAUCAGACCAAGUUUCUCAUGUAGCAGUCUGUUGCCUGAGGCUGUGGCUGCUGAAGAGCAGAGGAGAGCUGCCCAUUCUGCCAGCAGAAUAUACCAACGCAAGCCUAAGAGACGUGGCGUGAUACAGCCAGCGAGUCACCAUAAAGAGGGGUCUUACGGUUCUCAGCUGAAGAGACUCCACAACUUUUUAAAAGAGUCCAAUGUGCACCCCAAAGAGACGUGAAGAUCAGCCACCCUCAGCCUGCACCACUCCUGUGAGCAGCGCGUCAAACCAAUUUGUGAAAGCCUCCAGUGAGAUAAUCCAUUACCAGGCUCCCUGGCAAUUGGAACUACAACUGGAUACAGGCUUUUUUCCUUAAGUUCUGUGGAUCAACUGGACCAGGUUCACGAAAGCAAUGAAAUCCCAGAUGUUUACAUCGUGGAGCGUCUGUUCUCCAGCAGCCUUGUGGUUGUGGUCAGUCAUGCCAGGCCACAGCAAAUGAAUGUCUACCACUUCAAGAAAGGGACAGAGAUCUGCAACUACAGCUAUUCCAGUAACAUACUGUCCAUCCGGCUGAAUCGUCAGAGGCUGGUUGUUUGCCUGGAGGAGUCAAUUUACAUCCAUAACAUUAAGGACAUGAAGCUUUUGAAGACUAUUAUGGAUACACCUCCAAAUACAACAGGUCUGUGCACUCUCUCGAUCAACCACGCCAACUCCUACUUGGCUUAUCCCGGCAGUGCGACCAGCGGAGAGAUCGCGCUUUACGACGGAAAUACUUUGAAAACAGCCUGCACGAUUCCUGCCCAUGACGGACCUCUGGCUGCUCUCGCCUUCAACUCCACUGGCUCGAAGCUGGCAAGUGCUUCCGAAAAAGGCACAGUCAUUCGUGUAUUUUCCAUUCCUGGGGGGCAAAAGCUCUAUGAAUUCCGGCGAGGGAUGAAAAGGUAUGUGAACAUCAGCUCUCUGGUGUUCAGCAUGGAUUCCCAGUUCCUCUGUGCUUCCAGCAACACGGAGACUGUGCACAUCUUUAAACUGGAACAUCUCACUGACAGCCGGCCAGAAGAGCCUCCAACCUGGAGCGGUUACAUGGGAAAGAUGUUCCAGGCUGCUACCAACUACCUCCCUGCUCAGGUAUCGGGCAUGAUGAACCAGGAUCGAGCCUUUGCCACUGUUCGCCUGAACAUCUCUGGACAAAGGAACAUCUGUGCCCUCUCCACCAUUCAGAAGCUGCCUCGACUGCUGGUGACUACGUCAGAUGGACACCUCUUUAUCUAUAACUUGGAUCCACAAGAUGGAGGGGAGUGUGUCUUAAUUAAGAAACACAGUCUGCUCGGCUCAGGAAAGACGGAGGAGAACAAAGAAAACAACCUUCGGCCUCCGUUACCUCAAUCUUAUGCAGCAACCGUAGCCAGACAAAGUACAGUGCCUUCAACUUCGACCAUGCCAGGUUAUUCGGAGGACGGUGGUGCCCUGCGAGGAGAGGUUAUCCCAGAGCAUGAGUUUGCAACUGGACCAGUGUGUCUUGAUGACGAGAAUGAGUUUCCUCCUGAGGAGGGACAGAUCAGAGGAGAGAUGAGAAGUCCAAGGAGGGCUCAUAAAAAGUGGCCUCAACAAGAGCGAAUGUGGAUGUUGCUACUGAUUGUGCCAGGACUGCUGAAGGAUCCUGCGGCAAGAGAUAAUCUUGUGCCGUGGAGGUCAGCCGGGCAAAGCGAAGAGGUCAUGAUGAGAAGCAAACAUCCGCGCUUAGGACAGCUGCUGGGAAGUGCUUUGGAAAAGCCAGGAAUUUCGAAGAACAGAUUUGUGAGUCCCCCAAGACGAGAAAAAAAAAAAAAAUAUAUAUAUCUCCUGCUUUUUCCUAUGGUAUGUUUUAAGUGGAUACCUGGCCCCACUAUCCCCUUGUUUUAAUUCAUGGCUGGGUGGGGUGUCAAUGUACUGUAUGCACAUCGCUAUAUUUAACAAACUAUAUGUUAGAACCACAAUGUAAAUGAUAAUUUAAUCAGAUUUGUAUGUAACCAGAAUUUUAUAUACCCAUUUGUCCCUUUUCUAAUUUAUGCCGGUUUAUGUGUAUAAAUGUACUUAUAGGAAGAUAUAUUAAACUUAUGUCUUUGUACAGUAUAUACAUAAUAUUUUACCCAGGCAAAGUAUUUUUGCAGUGAUACUAGAGAAGAUGCCAUUUGCUACGUUUAAAGACAGAAUAAAGUCACGGUCUGGCCCUGGCA